AUGGCCAUUAUGAAGUAUAUUGUUCCUGCCUUGUUGGCAUCGAGCCUGGCUUUCGCCGCCAACUCCGACAACUGUGACGGAUCGUCCAAACCGAUCACCAUCCAGAACCAGGGCGAUGCUGACGCCCUCAGCAACUGCGAGACCAUUCAGGGUGACAUCGAGAUCGACAAGAACACCUCGGGCUCUAUCACCUUGAACGGAAUCCAGCAGAUCACUGGCAGUCUGACCGCUGAUGGAGCUGCCAACAUCUCCUCGCUUGCCGCUCCUCAGCUCGCGAGCAUUGGCAAGACCUUCAAGCUGAACGGAAUCAUCCUUCUCACCACCCUCAACUUCGACGAGCUCACUGAGGUUGGCCAGAUCGACUGGGCCGCCCUGCCCAACUUGCAGGCUCUGUCCUUCGCCAAGGGUGUUACCAAGGCGGGCAGUGUUUCCAUCACCAACACCGGCUUGACGUCGCUGAAGGGAAUUGAGCUCGACACCGUCGGUGACUUUGACUUGACUGCCAACACUGCCCUGAGCGAGGUCAACGUCAACAACAUCAAGAACUGCACCGGUCUCCUGAACUUCGCUGCCAACUCCAACAAGCUGGAUGUCAGCUUCCCCAACCUGGUUUCGGCUGUCAACAUCACCUUCCGCAACACGAGCAGCGUCUCUGUGCCCUCGCUCCAGAACCUUACCGGUCAGCUCGGUCUCUUUGGCAACAGCUUCUCCGACUUUGCUGCUCCUAACCUGACCAAGACUGGUGACCUGGUCUUCGACAACAACGAGAAGCUGUCCAACGUCUCUCUGCCGAAGCUCACGACCGUCAACGGUGGUUUCCAGAUGUCCUCCAACAAGGAUCUGACCAGCCUGACUGUCCCCGAGCUCAAGACCAUUGUCGGUGCUCUUGACUUCAGCGGUAGCUUCGAGAAUGUUUCUCUUCCUGCCCUCGAGCAAGUCAAGGGUGGCUUCAACCUUCAGACCACGGGUACUCUGGACUGCUCGCCCUUCGAGAAGCUCCACUCCGACCACGUCAUCCAGGGAGUUUACCACUGCGAUGCGCACGUCGCUAAGCCGACCACGAUGAACGGCUCUGGCUCCAGCAGCUCCAGCGGCUCUGCUUCCAGCUCGACCUCCAGCGGUGCUGCCGUGUCCAACAUGGGCAAGGCACCUGCUAUGGGUCUGACUGCCAUCGUCUGUGGCUUGCUGCAGCUCCUGAUGUAA